AUGGCACCCCCAUUCCGAGCUGAUCACAUUGGAUCGCUUUUGCGUCCGCAAUCUCUCUUGGAGGCCCGAUCAAAGAUAUCAUCAGCACAGCAAUCUUACUAUGUCAAUAUUUCUUCAUCUGUCCAGGAAGUCGAAAAAGCAGCUGUCAAGGAAGCCGUGGAUGAGCAGAAGAGCAGAGGUAUUAGGCCAAUUACAGACGGCGAGUACGCCCGGCAUAUAUACUUUGGCGGCCUCUUCGAAAAGCUCGAGGGAUUCGAAGUCAAGCCGGCCUUGCCAAUUCCAGAUGCCUUUCGCACCGACUUUCCAACGACAGUCGGACUGGCCCGAAUGGGCGCCAAAACCCGGGCCGUAGUGCUGUGCACGGGCAAGAUUGGCUACAAGGAAUCACCGUAUCUUCCGGAGUGGCUGGGCCUGCGGGACACGCUCCCGGGAUCCCUUUGGAAGGAAGCCAAGUUGACCAUGCCGGCACCCACGUACCAGCACAUUCAGCUCAAGCCCGGCACGGCAUACACUGCGGAUUCCGGAUAUACUUCCGACGAGGAGUAUUUCCGCGACCUGGCUGCCUGUUAUGCCGCCGAGCUCAAGACACUCUACGAUGCGGGCCUCCGUAACGCGCAGAUUGACGAUCCCCACCUGACGUAUUUCUGCUCAUCGCAGUUUCUUGGCGGCUGCCAAAAGGACGGCACCGACACGGACGCGCUGCUCGACUUGUAUAUCAAGGCCCAUAACCAGCUCCUGGCAGGCAAGCCGUCGGACCUGCACGUCGGCGUGCAUCUCUGCCGAGGAAAUAUGGCGGGGUCCACGCACUGGGUAUCGGGCUCGUAUGAGAAAAUUGCAGACAAGCUCUUUAACCAGACAGACUACCAGACAUACUACCUCGAAUUUGACGACUUUGAGCGGGAUGGCGGAUUUGAGCCGCUGCGGUUCCUGCCAAAGGGAAAGAAUGUGGUCCUGGGCCUGGUGUCGACCAAAACGGCAGAUCUCGAGGCCCGGGACGAGCUCACGAAGAAGGUUAAGGAUGCUGCCGCCGUCAUCGCCAAAGCUCAGGGCGUUUCGAUUGACGAAGCAAUGGACUGCCUGGCAGUAAGCCCGCAGUGCGGGUUCAGCAGUCACAGUCAGGCAGGUGGUGUCGGCAUGACAAUGGAAAAGAUGUGGGAAAAACUUGAGCUGGUCAAGGACGUGGCCCAAGACCUCUGGGGGUAA